GGCAGUGCAGCGGGGCUUCUGUCCAUGGUGCUGAAGAUUCGUCCGGCCCUGUCCGAGGUGCUGAACGGCUCAGGGGUGCUGAGCUCAGUCUGACGCCGCCGUGACACCGCUGCAGACCCUCUGCUGUGGGUCCGGAGGUGGAUUGUGGUUGUAGUCAUCGUGGUUUGUUCCAGUGAACGUGUGUUUGAGCCGGCGCUGUCUGAACGGAGGGGGAGGGGAUGGCAUUAAGAAAAUGAGUUCAAAGGUCAGAGACUGAGUCAGCAGUGGACCAAGAGAGAGCCAAUUAACCAGAGAGGACACGCCUCAAAAUAUCAAAAUGAGCCAAGACGUUACAGAGACAAGAACACGAACCCGCUCCAAAGGCAUCCGGGUGUCGGAGCCUGUGGGACAAGAGAUGAAGCAGGACUUGAGCUGUAGCAGCUGUCCCACCCCUGGAUGUGACGGCAAAGGCCACGUCAGUGGAAGAUACUCACGACACCGAAGCGUCCUGGGAUGUCCUAUUGUGAAGAAGAGGAAGCUGGAGGAGGCCGAGGCUGAGGCCGAGGCCGAGGAGAACCAGUCUGCUCCCAAAAGGAGGAACCAGCCUGUCAAACAGGCAACCGAUGAUGGCUUUACCGCAGACAGUGAUGCAGCAGAGGAGGAUGAGGAGCAGAAGGAGGAGGAAGAGGAGGAAGAGGAAGACCUUAAAGAGAAGAAGAAAAACAAAACAAAAAGCAGACCAGAGUCAAUACAAACAGACUGCUCACCAGAGACAACAGAGGUAAAGGACACGGCAGAGACGGCAGCUCGUCCUUCAGCUGAAGACAACAAGAACCAAACUGAACAUGAGGAAACUGCUGAGGAAGUGAAGGUGGAAACGCUCUCCGACCAUCAUCAGCAGGAGGAAACAGAGACGCAGGGGGAAGAGGAAGGUCAGUUGGAGACACAGGACCAACAAUUAGACAAACCUGAAGAAGACAAGGGGGUCACAGAGCUGAACGAGUCAAAAGAAGAGGAGGAAGAGGAAGAAGAGGAGGAAGACAAGGAAAAGGAAAAGCAGCAAGAAAGACAAGAGAAUCCUGUAGAGGAGAGGGAGGUGGAAAGACAGAUGAUCGGCCAAGAAAACUCUGACCACCAGUACUCCAGUGGCGAUUACCACCAUCAGGCCAAAGAGGAGCAGAGAAAGAGGGUGGAACAAGAGCAGGAGGAGGAGGGGGAGGAGGACGAGGAAGAGGAAGAAGGGGAGGAGGAAAAUGAGGGAGAAGAGAGGGAGGUCCACCACGAGGUUGACACUCCUUACACUUUGAGUCCACGCACUCAGGGAUCAGAAGCCGAGGUGUCACUCAGGGAAGAAAAGGUCAGCACCCCCAUGACUGAGGAAGAGGAUGAAGAGCAGGAGGAGAGAGAGGAAGAGGGGGACGAGAGGCAGGGUAAGGAAGCAGGUGAGGUAGUGGAGGAGGAAGAGGAGGACCAAGCCUCUCCUACCACAGUGGUUAUAGAAGUCCAUUCUGAGGAGGAUGAUGACGAGGAUGAGGAGGAGGAUGAGGAGGAGGAAGAGGAGGAGGAGGAGGAGGAGGAGGAGGAAGGAGAGGAGCAGGACCGUGUCUCAGAGGGCUCAGGAAUCACAGAUGACUCAGAGAACUGGGACAUGACCCGAGGGAACCUGGGGCUGCUGGAGCAGGCCAUCGCCCUGAAGGCGGAGGAGGUGAAGGGGGGUCAGGAGGUCCGCAGCUCCCCAGAGUACCAACCAUAUGGCUCCUCCAGCAAGAGCUGUGAGCCUGCUGCUGUGUCCCGCCGCACCCCCCACUACAGCAAAGAGAAGAAGGAAGUGAAGUGUCCUACCCCAGGGUGUGAUGGGACAGGUCAUGUGACUGGGCUGUACCCUCACCAUCGCAGUCUGUCUGGAUGUCCUCACAAAGACCGAAUCCCUCCAGAGAUCCUGGCCAUGCAUGAGAACGUCCUGAAGUGUCCGACUCCUGGAUGCACAGGCCAAGGUCACGUCAACAGCAACCGCAACACACACCGCAGUCUGUCUGGCUGCCCCAUCGCAGCAGCUGCUAAACUCAACAAGAACCAGGACAAGCAGGUUCACUUACAGGCCUCAGCCAGUGAACCAUCCUCCAACUCUGACAGAGUGCUCAGGCCCAUGUGUUUUGUGAAACAGCUGGAGAUCCCUCAGUAUGGCAGCUACCGGCCCAACACGGUGACCACCACGCCGCGAGCUAACCUGGCCAAGGAGCUGGAGAAAUACUCCAAGGUGUCUUUUGACUAUGCAAGCUUUGAUGUCCAGGUGUUUGGAAAGCGCAUGCUGAUCCCAAAGACACCCAGCUCCGCUGAAACAUCACCCAAAGCCUUCAAAACUAAAUCAUUCCCUAAGGCCUCCUCCCCCAGCCACAGUGUGUCUGGAGGAUUCUCCAAGAGCGCCUCAUCCUCCAGUGGUUAUGACUAUAGCCAAGAUGCAGAGGCAGCCCACAUGGCAGCAACAGCCAUCCUCAACCUGUCCACCCGCUGCUGGGAGAGACCAGAGACUCUCAGCACCAAGCCCAGGGAGCCCUGCGCAAAGGAGUCGGACAUUGAAGUGGAUGAAAACGGCACUUUGGACCUCAGCAUGAAGAAAACUAAGAGGGAGGGCAUGCAGUCUCCAGAGCCUUCAUCCUCCUCGUCUUCAUCCUCUCAGCACGUUGGAGCCACCUUGUCUCAGGGCCAAACUCAGCCAGAGUGGGAGGGGCCACUGGACUUCACCAAACCAAGUGGAGUCAAAGAAGAGGACCAUGAGGAGGUGGAGUAUACGGCUCCCUCAUACACCUCAUCUGAUGGGGAGGAAGAGGACCAGGAGAACCUGGAGGACAGGAAGUACCCCGGUGAAGUCACCACCAGCAGCUUCAAGGUCAAGUUUCAGCCCAAAGACAGCAAAAAAGAGGUUCUGGUAUGUCCCACCCCGGGCUGUGAUGGCAGUGGACACAUUACUGGAAACUACGCAUCCCAUCGAAGUCUGUCUGGCUGUCCUCUUGCUGAUAAGUCACUUCGGACCCUCAUGGCUGCCCACACAGCUGAACUGAAGUGUCCGACUCCAGGCUGUGAUGGAUCAGGCCACAUCACUGGAAACUAUGCUUCACAUAGAAGUCUGUCCGGGUGCCCCAGAGCCAAGAAGAGCGGGGUCAAAUCAGUCCCCACCAAAGAUGACAAGGAAGACUCUGAGCUGCUGAGGUGUCCAGUUCCCGGCUGCGACAGUCUGGGCCACAUCAGUGGGAAGUACGCCACUCAUCGUAGCGCCUACGGCUGUCCGCUGGCAGCACGUCGGCAGAAGGAAGGUCUUCUUAAUGGCACCCCCUUCUCCUGGAAGGCCUUCAAGACUGAAGGCCCGACCUGCCCAACGCCAGGCUGCGACGGCUCCGGCCACGCUAACGGCAGUUUCCUGACUCACCGCAGUCUGUCAGGUUGUCCCAGAGCGUCAGCCAACAAGAAGAGAGCCAAGUUCCCUGGAGACGAGUACAUUACUGCAAAGUUCAGAGCCAGUGACGUUCUGGACAACGAUGAGGACAUCAAACAGCUCAACAAGGAGAUCAAUGAGCUGAAUGAGUCCAACUCAGAGAUGGAGACUGACAUGAUGAACCUGCACACUCAGAUCUCUUCAAUGGAGAAGAACCUGAAGAGCAUGGAGGAGGAGAAUAAACAGAUUGAGGAAAGGAAUGAGGCUUUGUUCCUGGAGUUAUCUGGUCUGAGUCAGGCCCUGAUCCAAAGCCUGGCCAACAUCCGCCUACCCACCAUGCAGGAGCCGCUGUCCGAGCAGAACUUCGAUAGCUACGUGGACACCCUGACCCACAUGUUUACUAAUAAAGACUGCUACCAGAACCCUGAGAACCGGGCCCUGCUCGAGUCCAUCAAUCAGGCUGUGAAAGGCAUCGAGGUGUGACGGAGCAGGGCCACGGUCCCCACAGCAACACUCUUUCUUUCCAUACCUUUAGAUACUGUAUGUAAUUAAUUCUUCUAAUUUGGAACUUUGUCAUCUGUUGUUUGCGUUUGUUUCCUGUUUGCAUGUUGCUUUAUGAUGGUGUGAGUGUGAAGAGACGAGGGUGUGGAUCAAACUGUGACUGUGCACACAGAGCAGUGAACAGAUUAGUUAGUGAACAUAUCCCAUUACACAAUAAUGUUGAUAGUAUCUAUAAGAGCAUAGUGAUGUUGCACCUCCAGGACUAGUUUGUAGAUUCAUUCUUACAAUUGCUGUGUAACUAUUUAAGUCCUUUGCAAAUGUUGGUUUAAUAACAACUUAUUUACUCAUGUCUGCUGUAUUAUUUUUGUGUUGGCUUAUUUAUGAAACAUUAUCUAUUUAUUCAGUUUUUUUUAUUUAUUUGAAAAUGCUACCUGAGAAGAUUUUAACCAGUAACCAAGAGAAGGUGAUCGUUUCCUCUGCACUGUUGAACAAAGAGGAAAUAUUUUAAGAUAUCAACUAUGAAUUGUUUUAUAAAUCUUAUUAUUUAUUUAAAAUACAGGAUCUUUUUAAGUGCAAAUAUUUUGUAACUGAAAGUUUUUAAUAAUUUUCUAAAAUAUUUUUUGGUGCUUAUGUUUAUAUGAUUUUCCUUUUUAUUUCCACAAACUAUUUUCAGUACAUUGCAAUACACUGUGAAUAUUGAGCUGCACAUAUUUGUUAUUUAUUUGGUGAUGAAGAACAAAGUGAUGGUGAAUAUUUAUUUUGUAUCGUCUGUGUUAAUGAUGGCUGUGUCAGGAUUAGUCUUUAAGUUGCUCUUGAAAUAAAGGUUAACCCACAGUG